CAAAAAAAUUGAGGGUACGGAUUGUUAACUCUUGUUGACCAGGCGGGCUCCGUAAGCGCUAAUUGAACCGUGCGUAGCGCAGAAUUUGGGUGAAGUAUGGAGUCCUGGAUACCUGCUCUAUUAUCUGUCCUCGUGCUAAAUCCAUUCAGAACUUCAACACUUAAAGUUCCACCUCUUAAUUACUGUUAUACGGAUGAUACCUGCGGUCCAUAUCAGUGGGUGACAUCCUUUCCUUCUUGCAUCACCAAAGAUUCUACACUGCAUUCUCCCAUCAACCUGAAACAUGUUGAUAUUAGGAACGACUCUGUCGAUCCUCUGGAGCUGCGAGGCUUCACUAAACCUCAGAGUUCCUGGACUGUAAGGAAUGCCCGUGACACUGUUGCUGUGGAGUUUCAAGCAGGCAUGAGUGCGAACGGUGGCAGUAUAAAGCAUAAUUACCGAAUCGUUGAGAUGAGAUUCCACUGGGGAACGAAUAUCACCAACGGAUCAGAGCAUAAACUUGAUGGCCGGAGGUUUCCUAUGGAGAUGCAAAUUGUGGGUGUCGCUCAUGGAUUCGCUGAUGUGGAAGCCGCUUCUGCUAAUCAGUCAGGCCUGCUUAUGCUGGGAGUCUUCAUUGAUAUCGCCUCUGCUGAGAAUAAAGCAUUUAAAGCAUUAUCUCAGGCUGUGUCCAAUGUGAAGUACCCAGGUGAUUCCAUCAGCGUGACUCCUCCAGCACUGUCGGACCUCCUUCCUGAGGACCGUAAAUACUAUCAGUAUCACGGAGGCCAGACCGUUCCGCCCUGCCGCCAGACCGUGACUUGGAUUGUAUUUGAGAAGCCCAUUUUUAUCUCCAGAGAGCAGUAUUUGCCAUUCGUCACACGUCUGUAUUACACGGAUAAGAGCGACACUGCGGAGAAGUUACUGGUGGAAAACUAUCGAUUCAUUCAGCCGCGCUUGAACCGUCAAAUCUUUGUGUCAUCUGCAGUAGAUCUCACCUCUGGCUCUGCAAGCGCAGCUGCUCUAAACCAGCACGCAUCCAUCAUCAUGCUCCUCAUCCUCAUCAGCACAAUGCCUUAACAUCAAACAUGAAACUUUUCUCAUAAUUAUACUUUCCAUUCCAUCAAACCAGCAUUGUUAGAGUGUUUGAAUGCUUUCUAUUUCAAUCAUCUCAUUUUUUUUAAUAUCAUAACCAAGAGAAAGCAUUGCAAACCCAAAAAUGCCAUGACAAGGAACGUUUACACAAAAAAAAAAAAAAAAAAAAAACAGUGAUAAAAUCUUCUUUACUAAUUUUUUGUUCUCAUACUUUUAUUCUUUUAGAGCUUUCACCUGGACAUGGCAUGGUCUGGGAUUGGAUGCCUGUGCAAGAAUUCAUUUAAUUCAACAUAACCUUAAUUGUCCCUAAAGAACAAUUGAUAGCACGUAGGCAUGAAAGAAAAUCUAAAGGAAAAACCACAAGCUGAAUGAAGCAUGCAGAAAUACACCUCAAAUGUCCAGUAAAUGUCAGCGUUUCUUCGGGAUUCGAUGAGUCUGUUCCAUCGUAUCACAACGAUUAUUAGACGGGAGAUUGUUCUGUAAAUUGUGAAAGUUUUUUUUUCUAAAUACCUAGACAGGUCCUCUAUUUUUUUUUACUGCUAUUAAAGCAUUUUUUGUCUCUUUAUUAAUAUUAUAUAAUAUUAAUUCCUGUGCAAGAACAAGUUUGCAAGUUUGAUUUUGACAUUGUGGGUACAAAAAAAACAAAAAAAAACAUUUUAUUUUUGCCAUUUACCUGACUUAAACAAUAUUUAAAAGGGUACUUUUGGUGACAUAACCUUAUUUAUUAGGGUUACACAAUGAAGCCAGUAAGAAUCCUGGCAGGGCAAGUAAAAAACUGAACCAUUAGAUUUCCUCCAGAUUUCCUCCAGCAUUUAAUGGACAACCAUUAAACGGGCAGCUUAGUGUGUACUGUACUGUUACUUGUUAUUUGAACUAGCCGAAUACAUGUCUAGGUUUGACAUUAGAAAUAUAAAUAUUUGUCAACAGAAAUAUACUGCUGGAAUAUUUGUUUUGUCUAGUUUGCCCUGGUGGACAUGGCACACUGCAAUACUGUUCGGUCUCGCUUGUGUCAUCAUUGAUCUGAGCCAUGUUUUUAUUCUUCUGAGCACUCUGAUGGACCUGUGGUUGUUUGUAAGGCUCUAUCCUUCUAUGCUUGUGACUGGUAGUUGUUUGUGACUAGAAAUUGUUAUUGCCAGUGAUUGUUUUUUGUAGAAAAUGACAAGGACAGGAGUGGAGACGAGUUGUCGUGACUUAGGUUCGUAAACAGCUUAUAGUAAGCCUUGGUAAGGAUAAGAUUAGCUUGAUCGGGAGGUGAGCAUGCGUUGUGCGUGUAAGCCAAUGACUGAUGAUUUUUUUUUUCCUCUAAAUGGUUUCUUGUUUGAAUAAUGCAUAUACAUAAAAUCUUGAUGUAAUCAAUGAUCUGCGCCCUGCCUCGCUAAUGCUACAGGAGGAGUUUGGGUCCUGUUGUGUAGCCGCACACAAUAAAGUUGUGAAACCUUUUUACUUUUG